UUUAUCAGCCGUCACCUUCUUUUCUACCACAAGGGAGGGAAAGAGAAGCGGGAUAUCAACCAGCCGAGGCUGGCUUCUCCCCUUUUUUCGGGUCCGUCCGGGGUGCUCGAUUCAGCCUCCUUGUAUUUGCAUCAGUUCGGGAUCAAGUUGGGAAAGUGUGGGAACUGCGUUGCUGCAGGAUCGUUGAGACCCGACCGGCGAGCCUGAAAAUACGUGCCAUGCAUCCUGAACACAGAGUGAUAUAUUUUUUUUCUUUCUUUCAACUGAACCAGAGCGUCAUCUAAUCGAAUCACUCCAGCCAUAGCGGAUCGACCUGCUCGAACUUUUUGUAUAUGUGUGUGUGCGCGCGCGCAUUUAUUGAUUGAGAGCAGAGCCAAGUUAUCCCUUCUUUAUUUUAUGACAAGCAGUCGACAUGGCGUCACUGUAUCAGAGAUUCACCGGCAAGAUCAACACGAACAAAUCCUUCCCCAACCCUCCAGAGGCGAGCCACCUCCUCGGGCAAAGUGUGGAAGGGGAGAGUGCGGCGCAGAGCCAACGAACCCGGUUUCAGCAGCACCGCCGGCGCUGCGAGGACGAGGAUGAGCUGGUGGGCAGUAACCCUCCGCAGAGGAACUGGAAGGGAAUAGCGAUCGCCCUUCUUGUCAUUCUGGUCAUCUGUUCGCUGAUCGUCACCUCCGUCAUCCUGUUGACACCAGGUGAGGAUGACCGUCUGGCUCUGAAGGGCAAGGUGUCAGUUGGAGACCUCUUUAGGAAGGAAUUCAAGGUUCAUGACCCAAACGCCAAAUGGAUAAGCAGUAAUGAGCUGUUGUACCGCAAUCAGGACGGCGACGUCGUCAAGUUCAACGUUGACACCAACGAGCAAACCAUCUUGGUGCAUAACAAGAAAUUUGAAAUGUACAAAGCCAGCAAGUAUGAGGUGUCUCCUGACCUGAAGCAUGUGCUGCUGGCCUACAAUGUUGCACCGGUGUACCAGUAUUCCUACACGGCCUUCUACAUCAUCUGCAGUCUGGAAACGCCGGAAACGUGGAACCUGAACCCUCCAGAGGUGCGAAACGCUCAGCUUCAGUAUGCAGGCUGGGGACCCCAGGAUCAGCAACUGAUCUUCAUUUUUGAAAACAACAUCUACUAUCGGUCUAAGGUGGAGAGCCGUUCUAUUCGUCUGGUAUCUACUGGCAAAGAAGGUGUCAUCUUCAAUGGGCUCAGUGAUUGGUUAUAUGAGGAGGAGAUUUUCCAGUCCCAUAUUGCCCACUGGUGGUCUCCAGAUGGUGCCAGGUUAGCAUACGCCACCAUCAAUGACACCUUGGUGCCCAGGAUGGAGCUGCCAAUGUUUACAGGCUCACCCUACCCAAUAGGGAAAGAGUACCAUUACCCUAAGGCUGGAGAGGAAAAUCCAGUCAUCACUCUUUAUGUCGUGAACCUUAACGGCCCUCUGCACACCAUUGAAAUGAGGAGGCCAGAUGAUCCCAGGAUAGGUGAGUACUAUGUGACCAUGGUGAAAUGGGCCACCACCACCAAACUAGCCAUUAAUUGGCUGAACAGAGCACAGAACAUCUCAAUCCUCACACUGUGUGAGGCUACAACAGGAGUCUGCACUAAGAAACACGAAGAUGAAAGUGAAGGGUGGCUUCACAGGCAGAAUGAGAAGCCGCUUUUUUCCAAAGAUGGCCUGAAGCUGUUCUUCACACGGGCCAUCCCUCAAGGAGGCAGGGGCAAAUUCUUUCACAUCUCCAUGUCCAUCUCCCAGCCCAACAUUAGUACAGACACACUGCAGUCUAUCACAUCUGGAGACUGGGAUGUCACUCAAGUUCUGGCCUACAACGAGGAGAACCAACUGAUAUACUUCUUGAGCACUGAAGAUGGUCCAAAGCGAAGGCAUUUGUACAGUGCGGACACAUUUGGCUCAUUCAACCGUCGCUGUCUGACCUGCGCCUUGUCCAACAGCUGUGGAUAUAUCAGUGGCUCCUUCAGCCACAACAUGAGCUACUUCCUGCUCAACUGCCAAGGGCCGGACAUCCCAUUUGUGGCUGUUUACAAGACACAGAGAGACACAGAAAGUGAGACACAAGACAGAGAAAGUAUUGUAGAAGUCUAUAAACUGGAGAGCAAUGAGAAAGUGAGGCUGACCUUGGAGUCCAUGCAGAUGCCCAUAGUGGAGUACAAGGAGAUCAACAUGGACGACUACACCUUGUCGAUGCAGAUCCUGAAACCAGCUGGCUUUGUGGAAACGUCACACUACCCUCUGCUCCUGCUUGUUGAUGGGACACCUGGUGGCCAGAUGGUGUCAGAGCAGUUUCAUUUGGAUUGGGCCACGGUGCUGGUGAGCAGCUUUGGCGCCAUCGUGCUGCGUUGUGACGGGCGAGGCAGUGGCUUCCAGGGCACCAACCUGCUGCAUCGGAUCCAGAAGAAACUGGGCGUGUUUGAGGAGCAGGAUCAGAAGGAUGCACUUAAUUUUAUUCUAAAGGAGCCCUAUGUUGACAAAAACAGAGUUGGAGCAUUUGGAAAGGUGUAUGGAGGCUAUGUGACCAGCCUGUUGGUCAGCGGUGAGGAAUCUCCUGUAAAAUGCGGCGCUGUCCUCUCACCCAUCACAGAUUUUGAAUUGUAUGCUUCUGCAUUUUCUGAGAGAUACCUUGGACUGCCCAAACCUGACACAAGAGCAUACACGAUGGCAAAUUUAGCCCACAGAGCAUCUCAGUUUAUGGAUAAGAAGUUUCUGAUUAUCCAUCCUACAGCUGACGAAAAAGUCCACUUUCAACAUACAGCGAAAUUCAUUGCCCAGCUCAUCAGUGAAAAGGCCAACUACACCCUACAGAUCUACCCAGAUGAGGGCCACUUCAUCCACAGUGAAGCAACGAGGCAGCAUCUCAGUCAGUCCUUGGUGAACUUCUUUGAGGAGUGCUUCAGGCUACCAGAAAUAGUGUUUGAGGAGGCUCUGGAAGAAGAGAUUGAAGACGAGGGUUAGACUGGCCUCAUAGGGCCCCUCCUGUGCCCCAGAUCCUCCCAACCCAUCUGGUCAUCUACCUCCCUCCAUUCUGUCCCUGGUGUCCACAGUAUGCAACUCUCAUUUGUCUUUGGUCCAUCGUUUUCCUCCCCGUGUCCACACACUACACCUGAGACUGCCUUUUUCCAGCAGAAAACACAUUUGCCCCUCCACCCAUUCUUACUCCCUUCCCUCCUGCCCCGAGUUGGAAUCUAAAAGGCUCGUGAGAGCCAGUAAAGACUGAUGACCUGAUAUGAAGUCUGGGAAAAUACUGACGGGAAGCAGUCUUCUCCACCACAGGGAAGGACCAGCUCCUCAAAAGCAGUGGAGAGAACGCAUCAGCUCUCACACAGACUUAAAGCUGUGAGGAGAAGGAAAACUUUAUAGCACAUAACUUGUGGGCUUGUAUAUUAAUGAAAAUCAGACCCCUGGUGAAAAACGCUAACUGGCAUUGGUCAUAAAUGGGUGUCUGGAAUAGUGGGGAUACAGGAAAUGUUACUAUUUUUAAAGUUGUGAAGAACUUUUCAUGUUGGACUGUGAUUGUGUCUGUUGUUCUUACAGUAUGUAAAAUAGCACACAAGCAUUCAUCCAGCUAUAACAUGUUUUUCUUUUGGUACUCAUGUUUGCCCUGAUGUUAAUUUUAUCUUGUAAAUUUCAUUUUACGUAUUUCAGUGAUGCUGACAGAAUUCCCUGUUUUGAAAACUAUUCAAAGAGAAAAAAAUACCUUUAUUUAUCUGACACAGUUUUAUUGUGACGCUCGCGGUUAUUCAAAUGUUGAAAACAAAAACAAAAAAAAGCAUUAACUUGUUUUAGUCACUGUGCCUUACUUUGUCAAAAAACAUCCAGCUGUGAGGUUGCAUUUCUAGACUGGAUUUUUAGGGAAUAGUUUAACAUGUUGGCAAGAUUGGUACCACUUCUGACUGUUAAAUAUGAAGCUACAAGUAUCUACUUAGCUAAGCCUAGCGCAAAGACUGGGAGCUCUGGGAAACCACUAUCCUGGGCAGCCUGCCUGUUUCUGGGUCAGCCCCUGUUAGCUAGCCUAUGAUGUACACUAUUGUAGGUUAUGGCAGUGUGGACUGUAUCCUGGCCAGGAGCAAGGACUUCCUAGAGUCACCAGAGAUGCUAGUAUAUUCAUUUUGAAACCUUUUUGAUAGAAACAGGCUAGCUGUACAUAUUUCUCUGCUUCAAAUCUUUACGCUACAUGAACCUUAAGCUAGCUGUCGUUUCAUAUUUAACAGAUACGUGAGUAUUAUCAAUCUUCUGAUAAACUCAUAGUAAGUGUAUUCCCCUCAAUGCCUUGGGAAUAUUAAAAUUGUUUUCUACUUACAGCUUGAAAUUGAACUAAUUGCAGCAAAUUGGCUUUUUCUUUUUUAAACAGACAAAUCAUUUCAGAAAAUAUACCCACUGACACCAUGACAAAGCUAAAAUGUACAUAAUCUGCAUGCACAAUUGCUUAUAAUAAGUAUGUGAAUGGUAGGUGAAGAAAAUGAUGGAAAGUGCAAUAGUGAAAGUGAAAAGUCGUCCUAGUGUACAUCAGCAAAUACACUGAGCAAAAGUGUCAUGAGAAGCCAAAGGGACCCUGUAUCCUGAAAAAUUAUGCAUUUACAUAAGAGAGAAAAAUCAUCUUGGCAUAUCACCCAAAAUAAUGACUCCUUGAGGCACAAUUUUAAUUUAACAUCUUUUAUUUAUUUAUUUAUUGUUUUGUUUUUUGAAUGGCCACUUGUGUUACGCUUCAGUGCAUGUUAUGAGGUAAUUUGCAGCACUAUCCCUGAUAGCUAAGUUCAACAUGGUAAUUUUUGACAUCUUGAAUGUUCCUUACUGGAUUGCAUAAGUUACAUUUCCAGUAGUAUUGUGAUUGAGAUCCCAGUCUCGUCAGCUUGAUGUGUAAAUGUUAUUCAAAUAUCAUUUUAUUCUAAAAAACAUAAAACAAAAAAAAGAAAGAAAGAAAAGAAAAAAGUAUUACCUGAGUGUUAUUUAUGCAUAAAGCAUUUUGGAAGUUACAUUUGACUAUUCAUUUCUGUUCUCCUGUUGCUGUCCUUGAAUUAAGUUGAAAGUGGACUUUAUUUGUUGCCAAUGACAACAAAAAACUUUCUUGAUGGCUGUUGAGGACUUUUUUUCCCCAGAUGCUCAACUUUGUUAUCCAAAGCAUAGAAGGACAUUAAUGGCAGACUGUGGCAUGAAGGUAAAUGUUAGAAUAAAAACUGAUAUUUUAUCAGACUUUGUUGUUUUUAUCUUCUUAUUUUUUGGAUUGUUGCAUCUUGUGACAUGCUUUUUUGUGGAUUUUUAAGCUAUAUUAGGGUUUAUGGCGACUUGAGGACAGCAGAACCAAAAACAUACUAUCCUCUUGUUAAGUGAUGAUGUAACAGCAACAAGCCUAGACCUCUGCAGAUUCUUACUGGCACCAUUCAUGUGCACUAUCCCAAAUGUUUGGACACUUCACAAAAGAAUAACAGCAGUGCUAAGAUGUCAACAUGGACAUUAAGAUUAGGAUCAGGAAUUUUAUGUAGGGACUAGUCCAAACCGCACAGCAGUAUGUUUUGUGCUGUUGUGCACGGGGUCAUCUUAGGUGUUCUGCUGGCUGAAGUUUAUCUCUGCCAAUGAGGGAAGUUGACAUUUAUUUUAUUUAAAAUAACUUAACCCUCAAU